GUCGCCCUGUGCGGGUUGGCGCAGGAGCAGGGCAUCGCCGCACUACGGGCGUGCCUCGCCGACGCCCGCGGCGAUGAGACACUUCGCUUCACCGAGAUCACUUCUGCCAUGGCACGUCGUGCUGUCGUGUGGGGCGAUUCCUCGGCGUGGGGUGACAUAAAGGUUGUUCUCCAGACUCGCUUGGCCCCCGGCUCUCGGCCGUUGCCAUCCGAAGUCAUGUCCGUCUGUGCUGCCCAUUUCCGCGAUGCAGAUUUCAUCGUUCCCGACCCCAAGGAGGACGCUGUCAUUGUCCACGGUGGGCUGGACAACGGGUACGGGUCCGCGGAGGAUGGGUGCCACUUCUUGCCGCUGCUCCAUGUCGACGAGUACCGCCUGUUGCCCCCGUGCUCGUCACCGAAAUGGGCCGACAUGGUGGCGGCCGUCGCCGCUCGCAGUGGUGAUCUCGCGCUGGAGUCGCGCGUCCGUGACGGGGGCGACUGCUACUUCCACGCGCUUCUCGUCCUCCUGCAUUUCCGGGGCGUGCUCAUGCUCGCGCCGAGCGGCGUGUCCGCGGCCCCGGGGGGAGCGAGUGCCAGUCUUCGCGUCCCGGACCCCACGGGCGAGAGCGUCGCCGCAUUGCAGGCCAAAGUCGAAGGGCUCCCAGAGGACGAGGCAUCGAACGCGAUCGAAGAGUUCCUGUUUCCUGACAUCGUCUUCGAGGGUUUUAAGACGAAGGAGGAGGUCUACGAGACAGUGCGCCAGAGGGUCAUGAAGGCGUGGGAGGACACCCGGUCUCACCGCCAGAUUGCCAGCGAGCUGGAUUUCGAUUUGCGCACCAUCGCGCCGAAGCUGUUGGCGGACGCCGUGCACACCGCAGCAAAGGCCCGGGGUCUCUCUGCGGAGGCGCUGCUCUCCGCCGUGGAGUGCAACAUGGGUUUCAUCGAGGCGCCCGGAACAAAGCUGACGCACUUGCGGAUGUCAGGCCGUUACAUUUCCCCUGGCCAGCCCCUCUUGAUCGGCAGCGCGUCCUCCACGCGGAAGUCGGCCUUGAUGCAGUGCACGGACAAGUGGUUGACGCAGGUCCCGGAGGCCUCCCCUGUUUUCAAAGACAAGUUGGUCAUGAACACGGACUGCGCCACGAAGGGCAUUCGGAAGCAGCUUGAAGAACACGGCCGGUGCGGCAUCUCCAGCGACGAGGCCGCAAACACGUUCCAGACGCCCUUCAGCGACGUGGAGUCCGGGGUGCACUAUCUCAGCUGCGCGAAGCUUAACACGUGGACGCAGAGCGAGCGCGACGGACCGGCGACUGGCAACGGCAAGGUGUCUUUGGACAAUUACAAUUUCAUGCUCAAGUGCGCGGGCCAGACAGAGGUCGUCGAGUUUAUCGUCAUGCCGAAAGUGCACGGGUUCCAGAAGCGCAUGCAGACGGACGUGUGCGCGGACGACGGGGUCGAUUCCGAACAGAGCGACUCCUUCAUCGAGCGUCUGCACGGGUGGAUGCACGAGCAUUGUUCUGAUGUCGCCAGCGUUCUCUCGCUCGACGGCUUCGCCUACACCAUAUACCGUGCUGCGAAGCAGGCUUUUGAUGAUAUCUGUCAGACCGUGCCAAUGCCGCCGGCAUUCAAGACGAAGUUGAAUUUCUUUCACAGCGACUUGCUUCGCGCAACGCACCGGGUGCACCGCGGGAACCAGUUCGCCAGGCAUUUCAUCGCCCGGCAUGCUGCCCAGGGCGACGACGCCCUGGCGCCGCAACCGCCUUUUGAUUCUGCUUGCGGGUGUUGUCUUCCCAGUGUGAACGAAAUCACGAUGGGGCUCCACAAGGUUCUCCGCCAAAUUGAACUUCACUUCGGGCUGUGCCGCUUCCACGUCGCCCACGCUGCCGAGGGCAACCAUCGCUCCGGCGCCGACGGCAGGUGCGCAGGCGGAUCUUCGGCGGCCGUGCUGGCCGUUCCUGACGUCGCGGAGAUAGCGAUGAGGGCCCUCAUGCCGUCCGAGCUGAUGCGGCAGUUCCUGCUCACUCGCGCUCCCAAGGGGCAGAUUUUCACGGAGGCGGAUGCGAGGCAGUGGCUCAGGGUCGCGGACUCCGCCGAUGCGGGGGACUCCACGCAGAGGGCCAAGGCGGCGCAAGGCAAGCGCAAGGGCAACCCCAAGGGCAAGGGCAUGUUCAAGAAGCGCAAGCUCGAGGAGAUCGUUGCGGACGCAGAUGCCACGGAGGAACGCAAGCGCCUGCGGGUGAGCACCGCGUGCCGCACUCGACAACGCUACCCAGCCCACUACGAGCUGCUAAUGGAGGUGCUCUCAGAUCAUGACAAGAAGGCCGUCGAGGAUCUGCAGUAUCGGCGUAUCGUCCCUGAGGAUUGCGAAUUGCUGUCCGGACUGGACGCGAGCGUGUCCCGCAGCGCCCGGGAUAUGGACUACAUCAACAGCGUGCUCGAGCGGUGCAAGGGCGGGCACCCCGGCGAUCCGGCGCCCGCGAAUUGUAUGAUUUGCAUGGAGGAUGUCCCGUGCCGCCACCUACCUUGCAGGCAUUCGUUCUGCUCCGACUGCCUCGUUUCAAGUUGGUCCAAGGUGGACGCGCUCGGCCUGAUUUGCCCUGCGUGCAGGCAAGAUGUGCCGGAAGGGUUGGCGCUCGCGGAGGAGAGAAAGGCCGGUGUCGCCACGGGCGGUUGCACCGAGGGCGCCGCGGGCGCAGGGGGCGCUGCGGAGCAGGGCGUCGGCGCUGCCGCCGCCAGCGCGGCCAGGCCCCUCGAGGGCGCCGCCCGCGCUGGUGCCGCGGGCGCGGGAGGCGUGGCCCAGGCGUCCGAAGAGGGCGACGUUGCGGGGGAGAGUGGCGAAAAGACGGUAUGGCAGUGCGUGGUCGCUACCAUUCUGUCCGAAUCCCCAGACCUCUCCUCGGAAGUCGCGAAGCGCCUCCAAGUGGGGGACCGUCUCGAGGGCCUCGCCGUGCCUCGGAUGGAGGGCCCGGUGAUGCGGGUGCACGUGAGGAUCGGAGACAAAGUCGGCUGGGUGACGUUGCGGAGCACUUCGGGCAAGGAGCUCGUCUCAGUCUUGGGCGCCGACGCUCAACCUGGCGCUGCCGACGGCCGUGGCGCGCCUGCCCUGGCGCCCGGGGUGCCCUCGCCAAGAGCCCCGCAGUCGCGCCCGAUGGCGGCUCCCGAUGGCGCUGCGUUGUCGAGAUCGGCGGACCCGCCGCCCGCGGUCCGAGGGGGAGGCGGUGCCGGGGAUGCCCCGAGCCCAGUUCCCCCCCCAGUCGCUGAUGGCCCGCCCGCGAGAUCGGCGGACCUGCCGCCCGCGGUCACGGGGGGAGACGGUGCCGGGGAUGCCCCGAGCCCAAUUCCCCCCCCAGUCGCUGACGGCCCGCCCGCGAGAUCGGCGGACCUGCCGCCCGUGGUCCGGGGGGGAGACGGUGCCGGGGAUGCCCCGAGCCCAAUUCCCCCCCCAGUCGCUGACGGCCCGCCCGCGGGGCUGCCCGCGAGGGCAAUGACGCAGCAUAUGAUAGUAUAUUCGCAGUAUUUGAAGAUGGCAGUGAAGGGCAUCAAGACUAAGGAGUACCGCGGGUUGAAGACCGAUUACUGGCGACGUCGGUUCCUCCAGGGUGGGCGGGACUGGCACGUCACCCGCGUGAGGAUGAGGGCCGGCCGCGAGAAGUUCAGGCCGGAGGCGGUGUUCGAGAUCGUCAACAAGGAGGUGAUCAAGGUGGCCGACUUGGCCGACGUGUGCUUGCCCGACCGAGGUACGGAGGCGUGGGGCCGGCUGUUCGGCGGGUGCACGGAAGUGCUGGUGUUGCACCUCGGUGGCAUCGUAGAGAACCGCACCGAAUGGCGGCGCGAGGUGGAGGGCGCGCAAGGGGGCCCGGUGCUGCGCGCGGUUUCCCCCGAGCGCGCGGGCGCCCAGGACGACGCGGAGGACAAGGAGGGGCAGGGCCGCGUGCUCGUCGGCCAGGGCAUCGGCGCGGAAGAAGAGCAGGCGAAGUGGAGGCUGGCGAGCUCCUUCCUGUCGCGGCGCGGAGGCCUCGUCUGGAACGAGGUGGUGGAGGCAGCACUGGGCGACAAGCAGAAGCUGUUCGACCGCGUCGUGGACUUCCGGGGCAUGCACGCGACGCUGCUCACAAUGUCAAUCGGGGCGCUGAGACAAAUCGGCCAGGCUGCCAUGUUGCACCGGGACGUGAUCCGGGAGAAGAAGCCUGCACUUGUCUACCACCUAAUCCGCUGGUACCGCCAGGCGGCGGUCGAUGACGCGGCGUCGGCGGCCCCGCCCGCCGAGCCGGCGGCGGAGGAGGCGGAGACGGAGGAGAACCCGUUGGCGGACGCCCCACUCCUGAUCCCGCGCGCCAAAGUGGCGCGGAUCAUCCGCGCCCUGCUGCCGCUGUUGUCGGCGAAGAGGUCCGGCCACGCAGAAGGCGCGCCGCUGAAAAUCACCGAUGAGGCCGUGGGUGCCGUCCACGAGCACCUCGAGUACGUCCUGCGCGCUCUGGUGAGCGACGCUUUCGCUGUGGCCGAGUGGGCGAAUAAAGACCGCGUGAAGAAGAUGUCCAUGACUGCGCUGGCCGUCCGGAUGUCAGGCUCUAUCCAGACGAAGACGUUCGUGGCCAGCAAGCGGAGGCGCAGGCUUGCCAACGUCCUGGAUGACCUUGCGAAGCUCGCGGGGAGUGUUUACGACGGCGAUGCGCCGGUCGACUGGGUUGGUUGCGACGAGCUGUCCGAUUUCCUUUUCAGGAAGUUCAUCUCGGCCGAGAAAAGUGAGAAGAUUCGCGUGCCUGCGGCAGCUUUCAGGGAUAUGCGGUGUUUCACGUUCCACUUCCUCGACGCGUUCCUUUCCCAGGGCGUCGAAUCGGCGCGCCGCUGCGGUAAGAACACUCUGACCAAGCGGAUCCCCGAGCCUUCGGCCCAAUCUGCCCCCUGGCCGGCCUGGGUCGCGGGCGCGAGGGCGUGGCUCUGGGAGGGCGGCGCUGCGGGUGGCAUGUCGAACAGGGAGGCGCACGAUCUGGAGGCGGCAGGCGACGGUCUCAUGGAGCAGGCCGGCAAGAGGUGGAACAAGACCACGAGGGCGUUCGACGCGGUGGCCGGACACGCCGCUUGCCCCGAAUAUGCGAAGUACAAGAAGCAGGCGAAGGAGAAGUACGACGAAGCGAGAAGGAAACGCGUGCAACUUAAAGGAAUGGCAGAGCAGUCCGUGAACAAAGACGGCACCAAUGACGUGAAGAACGCGAAGGGCCAUCAGGACGCCAUCGACUAUAUCGACGCCAAGAAGAGCGAGUUUCGACAGUUGCAGAUGGACUCCACCGCCAUGUUCCGCGAGGUCGCCCUGUGCGGGUUGGCGCAGGAGCAGGGCCUCGCCGCUCUGCGGGCGUGCCUCGCCGACGCCCGCGGCGACGAGACACUUCGCGCCACCGAGAUCAGUUCUGCCGUGGCGCGUCGUGCCGUCGUAUGGGGCGAUUCCGCGGCGUGGGAUGACAUGAGGGAUUGUCUCCAGUCUCGGUUGGCCCCCGGGUCCCGGCCGCUGCCAUCCCAAGUCGUGUCCGUGUCUGCCGCCCACUUCCGCGAUUCAGAUUUCACCGUUCCCGACCCGAGGGAAGACGCUGUCCUGGUCCACGGCGGGUUGGAGAACGAUUACGAGUCCGCGGAGGAUGGGUGUCACUUCUUGCCGCUGCUUCACGUCGACGAGCAUGGCCAGUUGCCCCCGUGCCCGUCACCGAAGUGGGCCGACAUGGUGGCGUCCGUCGCUGGUCGCAGCGGCGAUCUCGCGUUGGAGUCGCGCGUCCGCGACGGGGGCGACUGCUACUUCCACGCGCUCCUCGUCCCCCUGCAUUUCCGGGGCGUUCUGCUGCUCGCGCCGGGUCCAAUCGUUGACGGACCUCGGAAGAGCCCCGAGCUCGCCUCUCAGCCCCCGCCUGAGUCGCCAGUUUCUGCGGAGAAGACGUCGCCUGCGUCGUUCACCUCCUUCAGGAAUGGGGCGCGAUUCGAGGAUGCUCUUGCAGAGAGUGCCAGCUUUCGCGUCCCAGACCCCACGGGCGAGAGUCUUGCCGCAUUGCAGGCUAUAGUCGAAGAGCUCCCGGAGGACGAGGCAUCGAAAGCGAUCGAAGAGUUCUUGUUCCCCGACAUCGUCUUCGAGGGAUUUAAAACGAAGGAGGAGGUGUACGAGACAGUGCGCCACAGGGUCAUGAGGGCGUGGGAGGACACCCGGUCCCACCGCCAGAUUGCCAGCGAGCUGGAUUUCGAUUUGCGCACCAUCGCGCCGAAGCUGUUGGCGGACGCCGUCCACGCCGCAGGCAAGGCCCGGGGUCUGUCCGCGGAAGCGCUGCUCGCCGCUGUCGAGUGCAACAUGGGUUUCAUCGAGGCGCCUGGAACGACGCUCACGCACUUGCCGUCGUCAGGCCAUUACAUUUCCCCUGGCCAGCCCCUCUUGAUUGGCAGUGCGUCCUCCACGCGGAAGUCACCUUUGAUGCAGUGCACGGAUAAAUGGUUGACGCAGGUCCCGGAGGCCUCCCCUGUUUUCAAAGACAAGUUGGUCAUGAACACGGACUGCACCACGGAGGGCAUUCGGAAGCAACUCGAAGAACACAGGCGGUGCGGCAUUUCCAGCGACGAGGCCGCCAACACGUUCCUGACGCCCUUCAGCGACCAGGAGUCCGGGGUGCAGUAUCUCAGCUGCGCGAAGCUUAACACGUGGACGCAGAGCGAGUACGACGGACCGGCGACCGGCAACGGCAAGGUGUCUUUGGACAACUACAAUUUCAUGCUCAAGUGCUCGGGCCAGACGGAGGUCGUCGAGUUUAUCGCCAUGCCGAUAGUGCACGGGUUCCAGAAGCGCAUGCAGACGGACGUGUGCGCAGACGACGGGGUCGAUUUCGAACAGAGCGACUCAUUCAUCGAGCGGCUGCACGGAUGGAUGCACGCGCAUUGUUCCGCUGUCGCCAGCGCACUCUCGCUCGACGGCUACGCCUACACCAUAUACCGUGCUGCGAAGCAGGCUCUGGAUGACAUCUGUCAGACCGUGCCGAUGCCACUGGUGUUCAAGGCGAAGUUGAAUUUCUUUCACAGCGAUUUGCUUCGCGGAACGCACCGGGUGCACCGCGGGGCCCAGUUCGCCAGGGACUACAUCGCCCAGCAUGCCGCCCAGGGCGGCGGCGGCGCCCUGGCGCCGCUUCCGCCCCUCGAUGCCGCUCGCUGGCGUCGCCUCCCCAGUGUCGACGACGUCGCGAUGGGCCUCCGCAAGGUGCUGCGCCAAAUUGACCUUCAUUUCGGGUUGUACCGUUUCCACGCAGCCCAGAAGGCCGCAGCCGCCGAGGGCAAUCAUCGCUCUGGUGCCGACUGCAGGGGCGUUGGCGGAUGUUCGGCGGCCGUUCUGGCAGCUCCCGACGUCGCGGAGGCCGCGGUGAAGGGUCUCGCGCCGUCCGAGCUGAUGCGGCAAUUUUUGCUCAUCCGCGCCCCCAAGGGGCAGACUUUCACGGCGGCGGACGCGAGGCAGUGGCUCCGAAACAAGAGGGAUUCGUGGUACAGGACGGACCUGGCCCAGAAGAUAUCCGACGGCCUGGCGGCGCUGGUCGCGGCGCAUCUCGUCGACAGGGUCGCUGGUGUCGCCGACGCGGGGGAGUCCACCUCGAGGGCCGAGGCGGCGCCAGGCAAGCGCACGGUCAACCCCAAGGGCGAGGGCACGUUCAAGAAGCGCAAGCUCGAGGCCAUCUUGGCGGACGCCGACGCCGCGGAGGAGCGCAAGCGCUUGCGAGUCAACACGCCGCACAGGCUCGAGCCCGGCAACAUGAGUGCCAACGGUGCUGAUUGGGGAGCGGUGCCGGGGCUCAACACAUACUACUGUUGCGGCGGCAAGACGGACUACGACAUGGAGAAAAAGCAGCACGUGCGGUGCAAGGCUGUGAUCCGGACUGACAGGUGGGCGCAAUUGCUCACGAUCAAUCAGGAGAUCGAGCAGGAAGGAGAUUCGAAGAUGCUCGUCUCCGAGAAGAAGCGCUUGCGCAAGCUCUGGUGGAACCUGUCGAAAGAUGCCAAAAAGAUGGACGCCGACGACGAGGAGAGCCUGCAGCAGGAGGCGAAGAGCAAGGCGAACCGCGCCUACGACGACGGCGGCUCCGACACGGGCGAGCCACCGACCGUCCGGGGACCUGGCGGUUCCCUUGCGCUGCAGCAGCUGCAGCGAUUUGAACAGCCAGCAGCGGUCGGCCAGCGCACUGAGUGGCACUGGAAGGCGGUCCGCGACGACGAGGCGCAGGCCGUCGCCCACUGCCGAUUCUCAGUGAGUUCGGGCGGGAGAUGGCCCAACAGGUGGGUACAGCUCUGGGGCAUCCUGAGACCUCGCUUGAUCUUGACACCGCGGCAGGCGCGCCCGAGCGCCGACCCGACGAGUCACCCGAAGGGCGAUGCUGCCGUGAGGCAGAGCAGGGUGGCCGCCAGCGCUAGGCUCCAGCGUAACAGCAGGGGCUUCCCGACACCCUCCAGGGCCCCUGGCGGCUUCCGGAUGCCUCCCGAGGACACGUCCGCCGACCCACGCAACGUGGGGCCGCGCGCGCUGAACCCGGAGAGUCCGUAG